AUGGGCAGCUGUAUUAAUCAAAGUCACUGCAAUCUUAGACAAGUUUCUAAUUUAAUCUUUUUGUCUUAUUGCAACGUUACUUGGGGAAUCCUGAAAAAAGUGGAAGACAAGCAUUCCAGUGACGCCGGAAGUAUGCUCCCACAGAAUAUUUUAUCUCAAACAAGCAGGCACAAUGACAGAGACUACAGACUGCCAAGAGCAGAGACUCACAGUAGUUCUACUCCAGUACAGCAUCCCAUCAAACCAGUGGUUCAUCCAACUGCUACCCCAAGCACUGUUCCUCCUAGUCCAUUUUCUCUACAAUCUGAUCACCAGCCAAAGAAAUCCUUUGAUGCUAAUGGAGCAUCUACUUUAUCAAAACUGCCUACAUCCACAUCUUCCAUCCCUGCACAGAAAACAGAGAGAAAAGAGUCUGCAUCUGUGGACAAGCCUGUAUCCCAUUCUUGCACAACUCCUUCUACAUCUUCUGCUUCUGGACUGAAUCCAACUCCUGCGCCUGCUUCAUCUGCUCCUACGGUUCCUGUCUCACCUGUUCCACAAUCACCAAUUCCUCCGUUACUUCAGGACCCAAAUCUCCUUCGACAGCUGCUGCCUGCUCUGCAAGCCACCUUGCAGCUUAAUAAUUCUAGCGUAGAUAUAUCCAAAAUCAAUGAAGUUCUAACAGCAGCUGUGACACAAGCCUCUCUGCAGUCUAUACUCCAUAAAAUUCUUACUGCUGGACCAUCUGCUUUCAAUAUCACUUCCCUAAUUUCUCAAGCUGCACAACUGUCUACGCAAGCUCAGCCAUCUAAUCAGUCUCCAAUGUCUUUAACAUCUGAUGCCUCAUCGCCAAGAUCAUAUGUAUCUCCAAGAAUAAGCACGCCUCAGACUAACACUGUUCCUCUUAAACCUUUGAUGACUACACCACCGGUAUCAUCGCAGCAGAAGGUUGCUACUCCAGGUGUUAAACAAGGACCGGCUUCACAGGCAGCACCUCAGCAGCCAGUAAUAGCUGACAAGCAGGCAGGUCAUGAACCUGCCUCGCCACGAAGUCUUCAGCGCUCAAGUAGUCAAAGAAGCCCAUCACCAGGUCCAAAUCAUACCUCUAGCACUAGUGCAUCAAAUUCAACACCUGCACCGCAAAACACAUCUGUACGACCCACUUGUUCAUUAACACCUACGCUAGCAGCACACUUCAAUGAAAAUCUUAUAAAGCAUGUUCAAGGCUGGCCUGCAGAUCAUGCAGAAAAGCAGGCAUCAAGAUUACGUGAGGAAGCCCAUAACAUGGGAAGUGUCCAUAUGUCAGAAAUUUGUACUGAAUUAAAGAAUUUAAGGUCUUUAGUUCGAGUAUGUGAAAUUCAAGCAACUUUGCGUGAGCAAAGGUAA